GCCCUUCGUCUCUCUCUCCUUGCGUACGCACUUACCUGCGGAACGCGGUCGUACGUGCUCUCGCGACGGUGGCGCUUCGAAUCCGCUCUCUUUCUCAGCCAAGAUCGUACUUCGAUCCUCGGAUCUUCUUGAUCUUCGACCGAAAAUCAUCGUGGUUGUUUAUACGUGUCGGUGUUUCAACAGAGUUCCAAGGCCGCGUGUGUGCGUCGAGUGCGCCAGUGACCCACGAACGAGACACGGUAGCUGAAAAUCGAACCAGUUUCGAGGGGAAACGAGGCAAACUGGAAGCGAGAGUUACCUAUCCGGCUAACUCGACCGUAUUUUCGGUGCCAAGUCCGCGAGACGGUUCUUCGUUUCCGUUCCGAACCGCACCGCUCCGUAUCCUCCCCUCCAAAUGACUUCUUCUUCAUCUUUGGACGGGUUGCGCAAGCAGGUAUUCGGAAAUAGCCCACGGGCCGCGGUUAUGAAUCGAUAGCAAACACAUGCUGGACACGCAGCGCGGACCGGCUUCCUGCACGAGGAUCACGCGCGAUUAUACCCCUCGUGUUUUCUUGUCGCCGCAGCGAAGUUUACCACUCGUCAGAAACGGUGUUUACAGGAAACCGAUCGGUUUCGCGAGGUGUAGACUUGUUCUACUUGGAAUAGUGCAGCUUGGAGCACCGAAGGACUCGUUGCGGAUCGAAGAGCUGUGUUGCUAGUAUUUUCGGACUACCAAGUGCUAACUUCUGUCCACAAAAUCCACAUAGCCAUCUUGGAAGCACGAUCUUUACCUACCCCGAAGCGAUUAAUCAAGUGCAGCCAGCCUAGAUCCCAAUGACAAGGCAGCUAGCGUCUGCCAAAUCGUGGACGACGCAUUAUUGACGCGGUGCGUCAUCGAGGACACAUCCGAAUAACGUCGCGAACGACGAAAAAAUGGUAACACGGCGAUGGGAUAGAAAGAUUUGCUAGCUAAGCGAACGCUAUUCGAAGCGUCCGGUUGAUCGCGAUGUCGUGACGAUUGAGAUUCGAUCGAUGGCUGAAGAGAAUUUUGAUGAAAAAUUUCGAAGCGUUGUUCGUACACGCUCGGACAGAAGUGAUGUAAUAGGUGGCGGGAAAUCGAGUGAAUGACAGUGAUUCGGGGGAUUCGUGUAUGUACAGUGAGCACUCGAGGACGGCACUCAUGUACGUUGACUACAGCGGCGACGUUUAUGCCGGAAUGGGAAUCAAGGCCAUGAAGUCCUUUGCCAGGCCCAGAGACAUACCGGCGCAAGUACCGCCGUUAACACCUGGGACCAACAAGAAGAUGACCGAGGCCCUAGAGGCCUCUUUCGCCUCGUGGGAGAAGGAACGAGUCCAUCUGAACAUAACCAAAGACCCGAGACAAUGGUCAGAAACAGCUGUGGCCCAUUGGUUACGCUGGGCGAUAGGUGAGUUUUCCCUGGAGGGUGUGGCGAUGCAGCCCUGGCAGCACAUGACGGGCAAACAGAUUUGUGCGAUGGGCAAGGAAUCCUUCUUGGCACGUGCUCCAGCCUUCAUGGGCGAUAUCCUGUGGGAACACCUCGAGCUUCUCCAGAAAGAUGUCGACGCGGCGAAGGCCUCGCUGGAGAACAUGCCGGCCAACGUGUACGAAAGCGUAUGCGUGCCGGAUUUAGGUGAUUUCUUGGGAUACCAAGGGGCAGGACAUCAGGUGUCGACACCGGAACACAAGAGUCCAGCGACGCCUGCCAGUUCCACAACCUCGAACUCCUCGUCGACGAACCCUCGUACCGGAACGCAACCACCCUCUGCCACUACCACCGCCACCGCCACCGCCACCGCCACCCUUCCAUCGAGACCGUAUCAUAAUGAUGGAGGCUACAAUCAUCUACGCAGUCCUGUGUGUCAGGACGAGAAUCAGAGGGAUGAAACGUCGCCUCCACCUCACAGCCAUACCACUCAAGCGCCAAACUCUCAUUCCAGUACUCCAAACAGCACCAACAAUAACAACAACAAUAAUAACGCGAAUAGCGCUUACAUACAUCUACGAAAUUUAAAUCAGCUCAAAACGGAGUCCAACUACAGCAGUCAUCACAUAACAGAACACCUUCAAGGUGGUGGUGGUGGUGGUGGUGGUGGUGGUGGAUUAACGAGUGGCAACGAUCUCGCGGCAACAGGAACCAACGAAAGCGAACUGAGGGUCAGUCAGUCCGCGACGGACAGUUACAUGACCCCGGCUCAUUAUUCCGGUUACGACGAAGCCUCGGAGUACCACAGUUUACCGCAGGAUCAUCAACCGCCUCAUCCUUACAACAUUGACGGUUCGCCGGAAUUUUACAGCACCAGUGGAAUUCACCUCGAGCCAAAAUAUCAACCGUCGCCGUUCAAAAACUAUCCAAGAGGUCGCUACCAUGAAGGGUACAGCGAGAGCAGUGGAUACGGACAAUACGAUGCGACGCCAUUCCAAACGGUUCCAGGAAGCGGAAGCGGUGCUGGAGGUGGCGGCGUUGGAGGUGAUCAAUGGGGAGUUGGUCCUCUCGAACACCUAACUCAUCAUCCUGCAUUUCUGGCUGGCCUUGGACCACGGGACUCUUCCAAUCCUCAUCAUCCCUCCUCCAUUGGCAAUAAUCCUGACCAAAAGCCUUUGCUACAGAAUGCUAUGAUUCCUGGUUAUACAAGUAGUGGACCUUGUUUUACCGGUUCCGGCCCCAUUCAACUCUGGCAGUUUCUUCUGGAGCUAUUAACAGAUAAAUCGUGUCAAGGUUUCAUCUCGUGGACCGGUGAUGGCUGGGAGUUCAAACUGACGGAUCCUGAUGAAGUGGCGCGUCGUUGGGGUAUUCGUAAAAACAAGCCUAAAAUGAAUUACGAGAAACUGAGCCGUGGUCUUCGUUAUUAUUAUGAUAAGAACAUCAUACACAAAACGGCUGGUAAGCGAUACGUCUAUCGCUUUGUCUGUGACUUAAAGAGCUUCUUAGGAUACAGUCCAGAAGAACUUCAUGCAAUGGUAGAUUUGAAGCCAGAGAAAAAGGAAGAAGACUGAGUUUUUGUUACUGGAUGUGUCUGAGGAUUGUGUCGUUGCUAAAAACAAAGAAAAGGAGGAAUACGAAUUCCUAGCUAACGCACUGGGACAAAGUUGAAACUGAAAAGAAAAAAAAAAAUGUAACGAACAAUGUGUAACGAACAAAUGAUGGAAGAAGAAACAACUGGUGUAUCGUUAACGAAAGAAUUCUUCAAAGACGGAAGAUAGACUAACUAAUUGAUGUCUUCUUCUAUGUCCAAAUAUAUAUGAUAAAAUUAAAUCGGUCGUAUGUACCAAAGACAGGGUCUGCAUACCAUUGGUGCCUAAAGUUAAUGACUAAAAAAUUGUGAAUUUGUUUCUAAGUGAUUAAUUUGCCAAGCCAGAUUUUAGAAGAUAUUUAUAGGAAAUAACUCAACAAUUUAUACAUAUUAUAUACAUAUAUAUAUAUAUUAUAUAUAUAUUUUUAAUGUUACAUGAUUUUUAAGCACUACUUCAAAGCACACGAUGCGUCUAAAUUAUUUAUGUCCCAUCAUUUUUAAACAUGCGUGUUAUAUCUUUGUUGAUGAAUAACACCAUAUGUGAUUGUUAUUACUAUAAUUUUACUACAAUAAAAGCCAUUAUAUCAUUAUUAAACGGCGAGCUUGAAAUUCGACGUUACAAUACUUUUUUCUAUGUGUUAGGCUAUCAUUAAGUUUAGUAUUAUACAAAAUAUUGUGUUUCCGAGCUCGCUUGGCUGCACCAACUGUAAAACACACGUUUUAUACUUAUUCUCGACUCUUUUCUCCUAUUCACCUCCUCGAUAUUUUGAUGUACUACCAUUUUCAGGUGAUUAAUUAAGAGAGUUUCACGUGCGAACAAAGUAUGCUGUUAAUUUCGAUGCAAGUUGUAUGUUUCAAUCAUGUUUCUUUUCUUAACGAAAUCGGUUUGUUUCGUUGAUCUCUAUGUUUUGCUAAUGAUCGCAUGUAUUGUAUUCGAAGGAAGGGGCGACGUGCAACCAGUGUUCAAAAUCAUAGACGCGUACAACAGUGUUUGUAAUAGACAAUCGAUGUUUAAAGUACCGGUGAAUUGUAAAAAUUUGUUUCAAACGUUUUAGUAUUUGCAUAAAUGAAAAACAUUAGCAUUGACGGCAAGACGAAUCAAGUAUAUGUUAUGUUUAUUCUCUGUUUUAAACGCUGUUUUACUCGUACUUAUAAAAUACCACUGUACGUGAACGAAAAAUGUCUGCUUUCCGGAAAAAGUUUUCUUUUAAAUAUUUCGACUCCGUUUCAAACGUAUAACAUGAUUUUUUUUGCAAAACAUAGCAAUAAUUAAAAGUGGACGUUUUUAAAGGAUACUUUACGAUCUUUAUUGUAUAUAAUACGCGAACGGCCGAAGCGUUAGAACACUGGGUAACGUGUUGUAGAUGAAAUUGACGAUAAUGUUACGAUUAAUUUUACGUGAUUUACGAAUCUGGACGAGCGUUAUUUUUUUUUUUUUUAUUUACAUUGUAAAAAUAUUGUUCGUCCUUAACGACGAGUUAAACAAAGAGCGAGGAAUGUAUACGUAUCUAUGUAAUUACGUAUUUUAUAAAUUAUAAGCUUCUUUAAUUAUGUUUGUUAAAUGUUCGCGUAAAAAGAGACGAUGGUUAAAAACGAUGACAGAGAACGAUAUUUGAUGACAAAGAUUGUAAAAGAGAGACUCGUAGAUCGAUGAUUAAUUAUGAACUUAAAAAAAAAAAAGAGGGAAAACGUUAACUAUAAAAUUUAGUUAAUCUCAAGAUUAGAGAUCUUGACAUAUCCGUCACGAUUGUUAAGUUUUCUAUGUAAUGAAGUAAUUUAGAUAUGUUUAUGAUUAUCAGAACGUGGUUAACAGUAUACUGACUUCAAAAAAAACUCACGAAAAUAGGACAGAUGUAUACAUAUUUCAAAUUUGUAUGAACAUCAACGAAAUCCGAGUUUAUAUGUAAUAUUAUCAUUUGCAAAUUCUUCCUUCUCUGCACACGACUGGACGUUCGUAAAUUGUAUUGAAUACUCUUAGUCGAAUAAAGCAACAAAACAGGAAUUAUGUAAAUCUUUUACGUAUUCUGUGUGUAAAGUAUUCGAUCAUCGUUUCUGACAAUUAUAUGAAGUUACGACAGCGACAGCGAAAAAAUUUUUCAGUAGUUGCAAUAAAAUAAAGAAAUUUUUAUAAAUA